CUACAAACACAUGUCUGCCAUAUACGUGCACUACUGUACAGCGAUAUACCGUACGCGAACCCCCAUUCAUUCAACGUACAAGUACAAGACCAAACGAUCGGUGCGAUAUGAUGUGAGAUUUCUAUUUUCAUGUAAUAACCGCUCACUGUGAAACCACCGCGCAGUGCAAAUGUGAUUUUAAGGAAUAUUCCCGUAUAUCUGGACCAAGAGAUAAGAUCUUCCUCCCGUGAGGAGAGACGAAACAAGCUGUAGACGAGAAGGAAGGAAGGAGAGAACGAACAAUCCCACCGAAAUUGUUUUAUGAUGAGUGCCAAAACCAAUCCCUCCAAUACGUCGACGUCACAGUGUGACUGUCCAGAAAAGAAGAACCACCACAGCAUUCUAUAUACGUUAUUAUCAUCAGGGACAUCGUCGACCGCGGCGCCGUCAGCAUCGCCGAAGACGGAAGCGACGGAGGACGCGCAGUGCCAACCGAUUAAGCCGGAAGAAGAGGAGGCGGGGAACAACCAACAGGAGGCAAUAUAUCCGUGGGAUUGCCCAAUGAGGGCGCUACACACUCUACCCACGAUCAUCAGACUUAAACAUGCGGAGGAGGCGUGUCCGUACGCAGCCCAGCUCCUCAUCAAAACGGUCGAUUUCAUCAGGAAUCUACCCGCGGUGCUGUGUCUGUCACGGAGCGAUCGCGUACGACUCCUCCAGCACUGCUGGUCAGAACUCCUCAUCCUAACCAUGGCGCAAUGUCAAUUCCACAUACAAGUUGAAAAAGUCUCCUUUCACAAAGACUCGCAAGACAACAACAACGUGAACACCGGUGUAAAUAGUAAACCCGCGUCGUCGGCAAUGUCCAUCGCCAAAUCCUGCUCGGAAAAGGAUUGCCGCGAGGGCGCCCUACUGAAAUAUAUUAUUGCGACGCAAGGAAUUCCCACCACGUCGGACAUAGAUACUUUAAAUGCGUUUUUCCAGAAGUGUCAAACACUCCAGAUCGACGAUAAGGAAUUUGCAUAUUUGAAAUCAACCAUCUUCUUCAAUCCAGGUAAGAAAAAGAAUGCAUUUAAAUAGUUUAUUAAUACAAGAAAAUGGGUAAAUUGUCUACAUGUAUGUUCAUUUUUAUUUGUAGGGAUGCAUGAAUGAUAUGUUGAAAGUUGAAAGGUUAUAAAAACUCAAUACAAAACCAAAUGUGUUUUGGCUGCGCAACAAGUAAUAAUUAAAAUGUUC